AUGCAUAUCAGCAAACGGGAUACAACUGUCGUGAAUGCUCCCCACAAAACAAUUGUUCCGGAACUGUCGGUUGCAUUUAUUGGGAUCUUGGUGAUUCUUUUGGCGCAGGCCAUAUGCUUAGGAUUCAUAAAGUUUAGGGAGUGGAGAAAGGGAGAUAAGACACAGUCCACACAAGGAAGACCUUCUGUUCAGACUACAGAAGGGACAAAUGCUCAUAUGUCGUAUCUGGUUCACCACAAUGAGCAGCUACCGGCGUAUCCACUAAAUGAUUUGCCACCUCCACCGUAUAUAGAAAGGUCGGAGGAGGCAAACGGGGGAGGGCCAGCAGUGGAAAGACCAGCAGUACCCCAAGUGGAGAGACCCCCAGUCGCAUACAUGGCGUCAUAG